GCCUCGCCGCUCCUUCCGGCCCCGGGCUCCGCUCGGCUCCGCUCGGCUCUCCGCUGCCGCGCUCGCUUCGCCUUCGGCUGUUUCCGGAGCCGCAAGCGGCCAGCUGCGGAGAAGCUCCCCGCGCCGGCUGCAGAUGUCGGAUAGGCAGGCGGCUGAAGGGCCGCCCUUCUGGAGCCCCGCAGCCCGCCGUGGGUCGGCGGGCGGCGCCGGGGACCGCCGGGGAGCGGAGGGGAGCCAGGCGGCCGCCUCAGAGAAAGAAGAUCUGGAGCACACCAGAGUCAACUCUCCACUGGAUUCCACCCCUGAUCCAGCACCCCAGUCCUCACCCUGCAGGUCACAGAUGGUAUCUCCAGCAAGUAAGGAUACCACAGAAGAUCUACAGAAGGUGGCUGGUGCCUCAGAGGUCCAGGCUCCAGGGGAGCAGGUGUUGCUGCCAGCAGGCCAGACCCAGGUUCCCAGUGAGAUGGCCAAGUACCAAGCUCCACAACGACCUGGAGACACAGUUAUGAUCCAGUCUGAGCACACUGGGGCUAUAGAUGUUCUUUCAGCGGAUUUGGAAUCUGCAGAUCUUCUGGGAGACCACAGGAAAGUGUCUCCACCUCAGAUGGCUCCUCCGUGCAUCUGGACCUUUGCCAAAGUGAAGGAGUUCAAAAGCAAGUUGGGCAAAGAGAAGAACAGCCGUCUGGUGGUGAAGCGGGGAGAAGUAGUCACCAUCCGGGUCCCCACCCACCCUGAGGGAAAGCGUGUCUGCUGGGAAUUUGCAACUGAUGACUAUGAUAUUGGUUUUGGAGUUUAUUUUGACUGGACCCCAGUAACCAGCACUGAUAUAACUGUGCAGGUCAGUGAUUCCAGUGAGGAUGAGGAUGAGGAAGAGGAAGAAGAGGAGGAGAUAGAAGAACCUGUUCCUGUGGGAGAUGUGGAGAGAGGCUCCAGGAGUUCUCUACGGGGUCGCUAUGGGGAAGUCAUGCCAGUGUACCGGCGGGACAGCCACCGCGACGUGCAAGCUGGCAGCCACGACUACCCUGGGGAGGGCAUCUACUUGCUCAAGUUUGACAACUCGUACUCCCUGCUCCGCAACAAGACUCUCUACUUCCACAUCUACUACACUAGCUGAAGGGUGCUGGGCUUGGGCGGGCUGUGUUUGCUGGCCAAAGCAGGCUGCCAGCCGGUGCCUCUUGUGUGUAAGCAAGAGCCUGAAGUUCUGUGUGAGGCUCCCGAGCCUUGUGCCCUGCCUGGCAUGCCUGACUACUGACCCCAUGUAGCUUCUCCCCUUUCUUGGCUUCUGCAGGUGGUAUAGUGCUCCUGUUCUGUGGUCCCUGACUCACCUCUUGUUUCAGACUCCAGCAAAAACCCUCUCAGAAGGCCCCUAUGAGGCAAAAGCCUAAAAUGAAGUAGAAGGAUGUCUUUUAAAAUUGAUUGACACUGGUAAAGCUUACCAUUCAGGUUGCCGCUCACUCUCCUCCAGAGCCUGCCAAUGCACUUAGUAGCGCCUACCCUCUUUACAUUUCCAGGUGCCGGAAGAGGGAAAAGCACACUGUCAAUGAAAGAGCCCAAUAUUUUGGAUGGAGAAUGCUCUGUCCAGCCUCUCACCACUGCCAUAUUUCUGCCUGCUGGGUAUUCUUCGUCUCUAGCUCAGGCUGGGAGACCUCACUGCCUUGGGUGGAUAUAUAUUAUUCCUGAUGAGUAGAUAGACCCCUCCUCUUUUCUCUUUACCACGUCUGUGUUCCUGCCAUGUAGCAAGACCCGCCAAGCAAUUGCAAGCUGUGGUCAGUGCCCUAGGAGAAGAAAGGGCCUCUAUUACUCCCUGUCUCCAGAGCUAGCUCCCUUCCUAAGGGCACUAGUAGUUGAUGAAGAAAAGGUGGAAGGUAGGCACUCAAUUAUCUCAGAACGUGUCCUUUUGGAAGUCAAGUAUUAGUCCCCCCACCCUGUCUUUAGGCCAAGGGUGUUACUUAGAAAGUUUGCUUUGAAACCAAAUACAAUGAAACCCAAUCGGGUUUUGCAGUGAUUCUAGGUUUGUGGGUUUUUUGUUUUUGUUUUUGGUUUUUUGUUUGUUUGUUUGUUUGUUUUACACUGAGGUCAGAAACCUUUUGAUGUUCAUGGUCCUUGGGAAAAGUAAUCAUGGCAUUUCGGGGUUGCUGCUGACCGUGUGUGCUCUUUACCUGACCAAAGCCUGCAGGCGACAGCCUCUUCCACUCCCUUCAUCCUGAGGCUGCAGAGCCGCAGAAUGUAGUGUUGUAGUGGGUGGCCACAGAGCACCUGGUGCUGAGGCCUCGGGUGGAGGGAGCAAAGAGCGAGGCAUGGCCUCCGCAGCCAUCUGCACCUCUUUGUUUCCUACUCUGAGUUGUCCGUCAUUCUUUGGAACUUUAAAGGAUCUGAUCUGUUUUAUUUAUUUAUUUAUGUUUUGAAAAGCACAUUUCAGUUUGCCUUUGAAACAGUUCCCAUCUGUUUCUCAUAAGGCUUCCCAUCUGCUCUGAGCCAUUAAGGCCACCUCUCUUACGGCGCUAAUGAUGCUUCUAGGGCUUGGAAAAUGAUCCUGUUCACUCCUGCAUGUCAGCCCUCUGAUACUCUUGGAACAGCCUGCCCUUUCAGGGACAGAUGACGCUAACCUAGUCCAUCUUAGGUACAUCUCACUGCUCCCAGUGAGGGAUUCUAAGAUGCAUGGAUGCCCAUUCACUGCAGAUCAAUUUAAGGAACUGACUAGUGAGUCAGUGAUAAACUGAGCAACACGAUUAUCAGAUACCAAGGUCCUUUUCUUCCUCUGACACCGUUUUUGUGAUGCUUCCUUUGCCACAGCUCUUUAUUGUGUGGUUGCCUCACACCAAGCCUCUCUGUCCUCCAGGAGUGAUCACUCAAAGAGCAGGAUCUUGCUAGUAGGGGAUGCAUCCUACAGCUCUUGUCAACCUGAAAGCAGAGUGUGGAAUGUAUGGCCUGCCAUAGCCUCUCAGUGCCAGACCUCCAUUAUUUCAUCAUUGCAGAUGUGUUUUAUAGGGGAUUAUACUGGCAAAAAUCCAUAUGCCUUCUAAGAAAUUAGUCAACUAUUUGGGCAGUGAAACAAACUUGCUGGUCAUCAUGGCAUCAGACCGCUGAGUUGAAGUUGAGUCAUGCUUUCACUGACUGAGUGUAAUUUUUGUUAAAACAAAACCUUCGGAGUCUUGAUUACUUUUCCCGUUUAUUACUGACCCCUGACCUGCUCUCAGCCCAGUAGCAAAGCUCCAGGGGUCCCACAGUAGUUAGGCUUUGCUCUGUCUUGUCUUUCCUUCUUGUAAUGAGGUCUUGGAAGCUUAUUUUCUGGGAGCCCCAGUCCUUUUAUAGCAGGGAAGUUAAGGGACUUCUCAUCUCUCCAUGUGCCUGUCACUGGCUGGUCAUUCUGCGACAGUUAUUUCUCACUGGUUUUUCCUCAGCAGGCUUUCUUUGUCUCAUGAACAUUAAAUAGCUAAAAGAAGACAUGUCUGCUGUAUGAUACACUCACUAUUCUCAUAAUAAAAUUUUGCAGUUAGAGACCAUGAGAGACCAAGUAUUAUUUACUGAAACACAGGUAAUUAUGGAGAAUACAUACCUCAUGGGUUCUAAGAAGUAUCACUUCCUUGGUCCCUCUGUUUUCAAGUUUAAAGAACCAAACAAUGAAAUAAAUUAUCUUCUUUUAUCCUUGCCCAACUCUCUCGAGCACAAAUAAAUACUAUGCAGUUAAAGAAAGGAUUUCAUAAGAGGGCCGAGAUUAGGAUUCUUUUCACAAGAGUGGCUGAGUUCUUAAGGUUCUUCAAUUUAUCUAAUUUUGCUACUUUGUUAAGAGAUGGCUUUUUAAAAAGACAUAUCCGAAGUGCUAUUUUUCCAACAUCUUAUUCUAAAACACUUUAGCAAACAAAAAAGCAUACACUUACACCCCACAUAUAUUUUUAAAUUACUAACUGCCAGUUUCUAAACAAAGAUUCUAGCUUUAAGUUCCCUUUGCCAAGGUUAGAGGCUGUUUCCUCUCCAUGGAGUCAGCUCUCUGUCAGAGAGCCCUGCAUAAGCAGAUUUCUUUUACUCAGUGUGGGCUGCCUAGGAGGUCUUCACAAAAAUGGCCACUAGCCUCAUCUUUCAGAAAGCUAGCUGUAUGUCCCUUCCUUCCUUCCUGCUGUAACCUCUGCUGCUUUCUUCUCUACCUGUCAGUUUUAAGGUGAUUGUGUAGCAGUGUUGGGAAGCCUUCCUUCUUUAUUUGUCGCUUUUGGACACAGCCUCAGGAUGUUCAUCUGCAAACCCACUCCUCAGCUAACACGUGGAAAUAGGUAGAAGCUUGGAAGUAGACUUUUUUUAGUUUUUCUUAUGGAUGGAUUCAUGCACUUUAAAAAUAUUUUAUUUGGUAUUUAGGAAAAAUGGACUUCUAUUUUUAUUUUUUUAUUUGUUUUAUUUUUAUCGUCCCAUUAUAUGAAUGUAUACUGUCCCAUUAUACAGGCAAGUUAAUCUGUGACUGUUGUAUAUUCAUGGGAGCAGAUAUUAUUAUGGAGUUUAUAAUAUAUAACAUUUUUGAUUUUGAGUCCUAUUCAGUUCCUUCUUUGAGAGGACUGGGCAAACGUUAAGCCCUAAAGUCUAUGAUUGUAUAUUUAUGUUUAAAGACCCCUCUAAAAAAAGUUGCCUUUAAUCAGAGUCUGUGGUUCUAAGGUGUGGAAUUGAAUGACCCUAAUAUUUAUGUAGGAGACUUUUUAGUGGACAGAGAGAGGGGGACACAAAUUAAGCAACUUCUGCUGCUUCAGAACUGCCUUUUAAAUGGACAGCAAAGGGUGAAAACAGAAGUGGGAUGAGUGAAUAAAACAGAAGUGGGAUGAGUGAAUAAACUAUCGGUAUGUCCCAGAAUGCUUUUAGUGCUUUAGUGCUACUUUGCAUAUUGGAACUGCUUUGUAAGCCGGAGGCUUACUGGUUUUCCUGUGCUCAGUGGAGAACUCUCCAGCCCUCUGUGCUGUCUGUAGGCAGGAUCAGCUAGAUGCACUUUGAGUAGGUCUGCUAAAUGUAACCCUGAGCCAAGGAUUGGUUUCCUGUCUCCAUCGUUUGGGGCUUAAGAGAGAUAAGAGGGUGAGAGAAGGCCAAGAGUCAGGCCACUUGUGGUGCUGAAGCCACAGUUGUGGAUGAGUCCCUGAAGGCAUCAUUCAGAUGUGGUUUGUCACCACAACGCCAACAGCAUGUGAGGGCUGGGGGAACAAGCAGGCCUCCUGUUAGCCUGACAGCAUCAACACCUUGGACCACACAGAGCAAACAGUUUUCCCUAUUAGGGCUUCUAAUUAGAGUUUCAUCCGCAUUAACCUCUGUCUCUAGUUUUUGCCAUAUGACCAGAAGUAUAAAAAUGCCUACACUUUGAGAAAAGGAAGUCACAUGUUCCUGUUAAGAGUCUCGCUGUUUGAGCUUUCAUCCGAAGGAAGGGAAUUGGUGUCCUUGCUACUGUGCGGGUCCUUUGUUAAGGGGUAUGUGGUCUAUAAAAAGCAAGUCUCUGUGUUCAUUGUGUACAUGUGCUCAGGGAGCUAUCACACUCUUUCUUUGGGGAGUAGAAAAUGAGUAUCAAAACCCAGACAUAAGCUCAGUUUCUGAUUUCCAAUGACCCAAGCAAGCACUCUUUGUUCUGUACUUGGUGGCAUUUUGGGUGACACUCAGGCAAGAACUCCCUGGAUCUGUGUGUUUCUGAUGCUGGUCACUGACAGCCUUUUGUGUAACUUGUCUAACACCUGUGAGCAUUCCCAAAGAACAGCCAGUUAUCUAGGUGAUGAGAUUAGGGUGAAUUGUGACCUAAUAUGCAGAGAACAGUGUAAGCAUUGUGUGGCCAGAGUGCAUCAUUGUUCCUGAUGAGAAGAAGUACUAUCGCCUUCUUGAACCAAGUAGGCUAACCAGAGACUCUGAGCCACUGUCUCAAAGCUAAGAUGACUCAAUCAAUGACAAAACCUGAUAGGGUAUAUAUAACUUGGGUCCAUUACAAAUAGUCAUUCCUUAUGAACUCAGUACAAAGACAGGACACUGGCUGUGAAAUUGUAGGCUGGUCCCUGGUUUGAACCCAUGGUCCGACUUUUAGCAUGUGGACUACUGUAAUAGCUGUUCAUUCUACACUACAACAAAAAUGCUAUCCAGAGACCUAGUCAUACACCGUGCUUCAUGAACUUUCAGAGUUUCCUGUCAGUUAAAUCAGGUAGCUUUUUAGCUUAUCUGGGGGUAAAAUUGGAUAUGUGAAAUGACUUAGUGGGGACAAAUACAUUUUCUAAAGUGUUGAUGGAGGGUCCUGACAGAUUCCGAAGUUUGGAGCUGAAAUACUGUAUUACUGAAGAGCCCUUAAUUCACUGUCAGUUUAAGGGGUCCUCCUAAAUGCCUCACCACUCAGGGUUGAGAUGCCUGGUCUUUAAUGGCUCCUUGUUCUUGUCAUUGUUCAUUCUUAGGUUUAGGCCAGGACUCAUCGAGAAAACAUUUUAAUUCUUUCUCUCAUAUCCUAAAUAGUACAUUUUAUUAUGACAUUUUAUGUUAAAAAUACAUCUGUUUCCUGUUUUGAGAUUAUUGUUCCAUAAGUGAAUUAACUUUUAUUUAAUCAGUCUGAGUUAUUUCCAUUUAGCCAUGUUAAAGAACAAGCCAGUCUGGAAAAAAGCAAUCCCGUGAUGCAUAACUUUGGUAUAUCCAUGUCCCCUUAAUGAUGGAAAGUGUUUUGAAACCCACAGAAGAAAUGUUUGAUGCUUUGUAAUAAAAACUAAACGCAUCUGCAGAUGCUUUGUAAUCAAAGUGCUAGAUUCUAGAGAGCAGAGUGACUGAGGAUAAUGGGAAGGCAGAGAGGUGCUUGGAGAUUUUUCUAAACCAUACUAUGCCAUUCGCUAGUGCUUUCAAAGGGCUACUUUGGAGCCAUUGAUGGUUAAGAGGUGAUUGUGUUUUCUUGGUAAAUGUUUAAGCAGCUGACAACCAUGAAGACAUUCUUUCCUUACUGUCGCAUGUCACACGCUGAUGCCAAGGUUGCCAAAGGCCUGGAAGGAAAACUCUAUCAGUCUUGUCUCUUUUCUUCAAAAUACAAAUGAAUCCAAAUGAAACAGCCAUCUUAGUCAACUUGUCUUACACGUCACGCUGUCAUGAGAAAUGCUGUCAACAUGUAUGAUUUCUCCAUUAAGAACUCUACCAAUUGUCAGUACUUCUACUGAGUGGGUUUUCUUUUGUCAUAUUCUCUCACCUCAAGGCACUGAAUGUUUUGCUGUGAUACAUGGAUGGGUCCUGAGCCAUGAUUUAAACAGCUCAUUUCUGGUGUUUUUAUAUUAUGUGACAGUUUUGUGAAAUGCUUUUGUGCAUUUUUUGUCUUCUUUUCCAAGUUUUGAAAUCUGUCAUAAAUAAACUUUUUCACUGUGCACCUAAAA